AUGGUGCAGCAUGAAACACGUGGGGGAAUGCACCUCCUAUUCCACCCAAGCCCGCUCGAUGCAUGGAUCGGGCGCAACAUACAGUGCGACGAGGACACCGGGGAGCUUUAUGACGAGAAGGGGAAGAUGCUGGGGGAGAGCGACCGGGAGGCCUACGCUAACUACAGGGGGAGACUCUCCCAACGUCGAGCUUUGGGUGCAGCCGCCGACAAGUUGGUGAAAAUCACGGAUGAGUAUAUGCCCCGGAUCACCAAUGAGACGCGCGCCUUCAUAAUGCGCUUUCCGCACCGCAUCCCCAAGCUUCUCAAAGAAGCCCGCAAGGUGAAGAAGAGGAAGCAAGCGCGGGGGGGGACGGGAACAACACACCGCCGAGCCGCGAGAGGGGACCCACAACGGGAGCCCGACGGGAGGACUUCGCCAACUACAGCCAGACCGACCGAGGCAGCCAGCAGCUCGAGGGCGGAAGCAACGACCAGUGUGAAAAAGGAGGCAGCCAGCAGCUCAAAAGGGGAAGCAACGACCAGUGCGAAAAAGGAAGACAGUACCCCAGAUACGCCACCAGACUGGGGGAGCGACACCAGCCAAGCAGAGGAAGACCGGGGGGCACUGGACGACCAUGGUGCAGCCCCGGGGGGACACAACAUGAUGGACUACCACAACUACCAGGACGAGGACCCACAAUGGCCGUGGGGAGCACACGGCAGACCUUCGGACCGAGAAGCUCACCAAACAAAGCCAGCGGAGCCGGCGGGGGAACCCAGUGGGAACAUGGCCGACCGCAGGAGACCCGCAGAACCAGAAGGAGUGCCCAGGACAGCGGAAGGGCAAAGGAAAAGACCGCGCCAGCCUGCUGACCCACGUGCUGCCACACAGAGGGGGACAGCGACCGUCAAACUGGUGCCGAGCAUGGGCUGGCAAGUGAGGGAGGUACAAGAACACAUGGCCCGACGCAGAGUUGGGGGAAGCAACGCAGAGGAGUACACGGCCGACGCAGAGAGGGGAGACUCACAGACCAGUGCGCGCAUGCGCACCGGGAACGGGGGAGCAACCCGGGCGUACAUCCGAGAGAGUGACCUGUGCCCCGAUAGCCCUCGCGUCCAGUUCUACAGCCUUGUUGUACUACGCGACUUCACCUUCCUCGUUGACUUCCGUGAGUACGGUGUCCUCGGAGAACACGGGGACCGGCGCCUGGCGGCGAGCGGGGGAGAUCCACACCCGCUACCAGAACGAGAUCGGCGCGGUCCAAUCGCAGGAAGCCUGGUGACACCGACCCUCACCGUGGAAGCCAUUGCACAAGCACUCCGGGGCGAACUGCGUGAAGGCUUUGCGCAACAACAAACCCGCCUCUCAAAGGAAAUCAAAGAGGAGAUCGGGGAGGCCAUCACGAAGGUCAACAGGCGCAUCGAGGAUGUGGAGCGCGGGGUCACCAAGCAGCUGAACAAAGCCCUCACCAGCAUGCAGGAGCUCUCCGCCCGCCAGGACAAGCAGGGGGUCGCCAUCGUGCAAGUCGGAGCUGAGACCAAGCAGCUGGCCAACAAGAUCCUCAACCUCGAGGAGAAGCUCGCCCGAAUGGAGGGCCGGGGACCCCUGCAGCGCCAAGAUGCCGGGGAAGCUCGUAGACCAGCCUUCAUUGUUGGAGGGUGGAGCCCAGACCAGGAGGCCGCAACUACGCUAGAAAAAGCAAAAGCCGUUCUUCGCGACCUGCAAGUCGAUGUGGACAUGGAGAACGCGUUUGUUCCGGGGCUCCGCCGCGGAUAUGUGAUCGUGCCCAUGACCGCGAGGGCCGACGAGGACACCUACAUGAUGCGGGACCGCGUUCAGAAGGCUGUUGUCCGAGUUCGGAAUGCAAACAUCACCUUGGGCGAGAGGGAGGACGGGACGCCGUCCCGGUUGUGGAUGGCAGUGUCGCAGCCACCAGAACGAAGAAAAAGGGCGCAACUUGCUGCCAAAGUUAAGCGCUUAGUCCUCGAGCAGCAGGGGUCCCACCAGUCCCUGGACGUUGAGUUUGCCACUGGCUCCGUGUGGUACGACAACCGCAAGAUUUCCUCAACAGGGGGCCCAAAGCCAGAGGGGGCCACCGAAGCAGGACCAGGAUGGGUCGACUUGGGGCAAAUUGCAAGACUUCUGGGAGUUACCGGGGACACCAUUGCAGAGGUUCUUUUGCCUGCGAUUCGGGGAUCACCACCCCUUGACAAAGUCGACAUUUGGUGCUUUCAAGAAGUCGUCGUUCCCGAAGGGAUCAAGUUCGACUCCACCCCGCACUGGCGAGUCAGCACAUGUAUCACCGAGAAGGGCAAGGCACUCUGUGGGGUGGUCUCCUACCACCUGCCGCACCAUGCCACCGUGGACCAAGUCGGGGUCCAACUGGCGGCACUUGCCAAGCACCCGGCCAUUCAGGAAAAACGGGUCUAUAUGGGGACAGAUGCCAAUGAAACGUUCACGGCCCGAGCGGGGAGCAACACCGCGGUCGCCCACACAGCACGCGGGGACCUACUGUUGGCCUGGGUCUCGGAGCACCACCUUAGGCUCCCCCCACAAAGGCUCGAGGAACCGAGCCAUUUUCCAUACAACACGGAACUCCGGCCGCGACGACUGGACUACAUGAUGAUUAAGGGGACCCAUUCCACAGCAGCGCACAUCAGUGAUUACAGGGACAUCCCGGCCUCGGACCACGAGGCAAUCACUCUGUGGACCACGAGCCCUCCAACGUCAACGCGACCUAUAACAGUCACCCGGCUUGGGGGGCCCCCAUUACGUUUCCCGCCGAUGCCUGAACGUGAAGUGCAUGCCAUCUUGCAGCCGCACGGGGACAUCUACACUGGACUCAAGGAGGCAGCUUUUGCGGUUACCAUGCCAAGGCCAGGGGAACGUUUCAAAGAAAGCCCGGACCUCAAGAAGCUUCGGGCCGCGGCCCAGUGCACCCCAGCGGGGGCCACAAGACGGCAGCUUUGGAAGAAGGUCCACAGCGACCGCAAGAAGGAGCACAAGGUGUGGGCCCAAGACCUGGCAAAGCGUGCGGGAGAGCGCUCAUGGUACGCCUACCGAGAGGUCAAGAACCAAGCACGGGGGAACAAACAAUGGGAGGAGGCUCUCACAGACAAAGACGACUGGAGAGAACGGCUAGCCAAGCACUUCAAAGCCAUCUUUGCCAAAGAGGACCCCACAACCGUUGCAGAACAGAUGCGGGGCCUCACCCAUGAGCUCACAAGGAAAUGCAAGGCGACACCAUGGCGGCCGUUCACGGAAGACGACCUGCGGGGAAUCAUGGCCAAGUGGCGCAACAACAAAGCCACCGGCGAGGGCCGCAUUAGCCAUGAAGCGGUCCGCUACAUUUCCUUGACAAGGCGGGGACUCACGAGGCUACUCUGGUUCUUCAACGACGUACUGUACAAAGGGACCUUCCCGCCGGGCCUCGAUGAGGGCAUCGCGGUCCUCCUUCCCAAGACAAAGAUGCCGGAUGAUUUCUCCGACACCAGGCCCAUUACGCUGUCGAAUAUUUUGCUCAAGAUCACGGCACAGCUCCUGCUUCGGAGGGGACUGCCCCUACUGCGGCCGAUCGGGGCCCUCCAGUUCUGCAAAGCCGGUAGCCAAUCAGUGGAACUCAUUUUGGCACUGCGCCGCCUUGCUCAGCAGUCGUGGGAAUGGCAAGAGAAAUUCUGGAUCAUCAAGUUGGAUGUUCGUGUCGCCUUCGACUCCAUCAGCCAAAUCUACCUCGGGGACCUCAUCGCCAACAAGCUCGGGGACUCACUCCCAUGGGAGUCGCGCACAUGGCUGCAGCUUAUUGGGGCCAGGGGCUUCAAAGUGGUGUUCGGGGAGACUACGGUGCCGAUCUCCCAGACGAACGGCGUGCGCCAAGGAUCACCCGAUUCCCCCUCACUGUUUUCAGCAGGGAUAGGGGAAGCCAUCGACCAGGUCGUGCAAGAUCUCCGGGGAGAAUCCCGCCAGGGGCCAAACCCCAAGCUGCCACCAGCGCCGCAUGGGAUCGGGGCGUUCAUGGAUGACACCUAUAUCUGGGGGUCAUGCCACCGCUGGAUCCAGAAGUGCCUCGACGCAACCCAGGCACGACUUCGGCAGCGGGGACUCGAAAUUAACCCCAAGAAGACGAUGGUGAUCUGCAGCCGCAGCGGGGCCGAAGGUUUUGUGAUCGGGGACCAAACAGUACCCGCGGACCCCCCAGAGUCCACUAUGCCAGUACUUGGUUCCCCGCUGACCUUCAUCAACCAACCGGGGGCACUUGUUUGCGAGAUGCAGCACAGAGCGCGCAGGGGAUACCAUGCGAACAAAAAGAUCCUCACGUGCAAAGAAGCGCGGCUAGACGACCGGCUCCGGUCUUCUAUCACCCUGAUACGGUGGCAGCUGCUCGGGCAUGUCGCCCGCCACCCAAGCCCCACAAGGGACAUCCUCGAGUGGCGCAAUCAGCGCUGGUGGAACGCACAACAGCGCCUCAGCCCAACGAUCGGGGCAAGGCGCCCGCACCAGUUCAACUCCCAGCUGGAUGACAAACGAAAGGUCAUCAAGGCGGCGGGGACCGACUGGAUGCAGCAGGCCCAAGACAGGGAACACUGGCAACGGUUGGUGGACACAUUCCUAGAACAGCAGGAUGUGGAGUGGGCUACAGGCACGAGCACCACGGGGGCCACUCCCGUCGGCAGCGUUGCUGGCGAUUAUGGGGGGGAUGUGCCCGUGAGAAGCAGACCCGAAGACCGGCAUGGCAGGCCCGGGGCCAGCUACAGCGUCUUCUACCACGGUGCCCGGGACCCCACCGGCUACACGACCGACCACGACCAGCGGCUCAGCUACAGCAGGGCCCGCCGCCGGGAACACAUUGGCCAGCCUGAAACCCCCUACAUCGUCUUCUGCCACGGAGCCCGGGAGCUCCCCAACAACACGAUCCUCCGGAAGCUCGCCAACUAUGAGUUCAACCGAGACGGGGGAACCGAGCCCCACCGCACCAGCGAGGACUACGCCGACUACUACCACGACGCCCAGGAACGCACCACCUACACGAUCCUCCGCAAGAUCGCCAGAGUUCCAGCGAGCCAGACCUCGAGCCGAGGGGCCCACGCACACACCAUCAUCCGCCGCGGCAGCCAACAAGGGGGAGCCAGGGGCGCAGAGCAGCCGCAGCCCGGCAGAGCCGAAAGGCAAAGCAAAUGGCCCGGAGGCCGCGUGGAACAGAGGACCCGCAAUAAGGAGCACAAAUCGGCCGUACAGGCCGCUUUCCAGCAGAGAGGCUGGGUCAAACCAGAGCACCUUACGUGGAAGGAGGCGGAAAAGUGGUUGUAUCCACCCGGCCAGCGCAGCAGCACAAGGCCACAGGAGGAGGACAUGCACCAAUUGGGCCGACCUCCUCAACCGCCACCUGCUCCCCAUAGGGACCCCAAACCAACAGAGGGGGACCCACGGGGCCGCGAGAACACCUCCAGCACUACUACGUGCAAGGUGGCCCCGGGACCUGUUGACCUGGAUACCGGCCAGCAGGUGGCGAAGCAUCUCCAAUGUGAUCCCGACAGGCUUGAUGAGUUCUACAUUGCGGGCGGAGAGUUUGGAAGCAGUGCGAGGCAGGAUCGGGUGAGGCGACAUGUGGGUUACUCGUCGCUGAACUUCUUUGCUUCGAUUGCUGCAGUAGUUCCUAGCAUGCAGGGUCACUUUGACUGGAAGCAUGCCACCAGAAUUGGAGAAGCGAGUAAUCCUGGUCCUUCGGGUGGAGGGUCGCGUGCAACAGCCUGCCGUAGGGCUGAGAUGGAAGUAGAUGAUGGAGGAGAUGGCGGCUUCGGCGGCCUUGCUGGCCUACUUAGGCCCAUGCUGGAGACUUUGAUUCGUGAACUACUUCAGGAGCUUCUUGCUGAGGGGGGGCUCAAGGGCAUGAUUGCUGAUAUGCUGGGUGGCCGGGUUCCAGCCACUUCAUCGCGGGCUCCUUCGGCGGCACACUCUGCGGGUGAGGUCGUGCCGGAAGAGGGGGCUAACAAGAAGGGGCGCUGGGACAAACGUCGCGGCGAUGAUGAUGACGAGCAGCCCAAGGGCAAGGGCAAAGGCAAGAACAACAGCGGCGAGCAGGCCAAGGGCAAGGGCAAGAACGACCUGGCCAAGGGCAAUGGCAAGGACAAUGGCGGCGAUCAGGCCGGCAAGGGCAAGAGCAGCCAUGGCGACCUGUCUAAGGGCAAGGGCAAGCACAAUGGUGGCGAGCAGGCGGGCAAGGGUCUUGGUUCCAGACCGGAUGCUGCCGAUGGUGCUGAGUGGACAGUGGUCGGGCCCGCCAAGAAGCAGGCCGAGUGGCAGCUUCGAGGUUCUGAUUGGACUGAGGCUGUCAUGACUUAUGAUGCGCUUGUGGCUGCCUUUGGCAGCGAUAGCAAUGAUGCUGUGAAGGGCGUGGUGCUCGCAUCGGACGAGGAGUUCGACACCCUUAAGACUUUGCUGCGUGGAUCCUCUAAGGCACAUGGCGUGCUGCUGGUGCAUCAGAAUAAGGAUGCCUCCCAACGGUGUCCCGGCGUGACGGGCAGCAAGCUGGGCAUCAGGACGGUGGACUUCCACAGGUCCUACACCCCAGGCUUGGUCGCGCCUCAGCCUAGGGCUGCGGCGGCGGCACAGAAGUUGGAACCGAAGCAGAGCUCUGUGGUCUAUGCCAGGUUCCUCCAGAAGUUUAUGCCAGCCGAUAAAUGGAAGGAGAUUGUGAAGCAGCCGCAGCGGGCCUUUCAUGGGUUCCUGGCUCAGCAUCGUCUUCGUGCUUUGGAUAGCUGGGGCUGGCAGAUUGAGCAGGUGCAGGCCACUCCUUACCAAAAGGUCUUUGGCUGCGGGCGGCUGCUCAACACUGACGUGGAGACCCUCUUGAGCCUGAGUGGGAAAAAUGGUCUCUUCUUCGACGUGGCCCGUGGGUUUCCCUUGGGUCCGGUGCAAACGGAGUGGCAUAGCCAGCAGGAGAGCGAAAAUGCCACCGAUUUCCUCAACCGGCUCCUCACGAUUCCUUCCGACUUCGGGCUUAUCGCGGGUGCUAAGCAGAUUGGCAAGCGGCUCCGGCGGGACCCCAACCAGCCGGUCCAGAGGCACUGGGUUAUCGAUGGUGUUCCUCGGGAUGUUAGUCCAGAUGAUCUUCGCACGGUGCUUCAGGCAGGUCACUUUGAGGAUGUGGAGAUGACGUUGCAGCGCAGGCACGGCAACUUGAUGGCAUAUCAUUUUCGUGCUAAAACUUUGCUGACGGCGGACAGCCUUGCUGUGCCGCUUCUCCUUGGGGAUGUGGAGCUGGACCUGUGGGCUCGCAUUGCCCCCCCGAAAAGGGGCCGGGGCACUACACAGACCAUUGCGACUUCUGGUGCUUGGCGGUUGGAGGCUCCGCGCUCAAAAUGGUCUACCGAGCGGGUGGCUGUGGAGCUGGAUGAUGAGGACGCGGAUGCGUCUGCGGGUGCCCUUGUCAUCAACAAGGGUGCGGAUACCAGCGAUGAUGCCACCAUGAAGGCGGGCGCUGGAACUACUGAGGAGCCUGCUCCUAAGGAGGGUGAGGUGACGGCGGCCGGGAACGAGAAUGCGGAGAAGAAGGAUGCUGGGAAGCGGGGCGGGUCGGCGACCGGGUCGGCUGCGAAGCGAGCUGCUGGGGUGCAGCGUGCUCUCCCCGAGGGGGCCAAGGUCACCAAGAUCGAGAAGGACGGCAACUGCCUUUUCAGUGGCCUUGCAAAGGGCAUCAACAACUUGAAGCCUUCCGGGCACCAGCUCACUGGAGCAGAAGUCCGGGCGAAGAUUGCGGUGCAUCUUCGCCGCAACGAGGAUAAGUACGCUCAGGAGUGGGACAAAGAAAUGCCCAAUAGGUCCAAGGCCGAGAAUUGGGAAGCCUACGUGAGUGCGAUUGAGGUUGAUCAAACUUGGGGAGGACUCCCAGAGAUCCGUGCAGCGAGUCGCAUAUGGGACGUGAGAGUUAUCAUUUUCCCCACGUCCCAACACAUUGAGCCCUUUCAUGUCCAUGGGCAGGCUCGCAAAAGGGUGCUGUCGCUGCUUUUUACAGGCAGCCACUUUGACCUCAUCGAGGGUGACAAUGGUUCUCUCCCGAGGGCCCUGCUGAACAUUAAAGCCCCACCGCCUGCUGUCCCGAUGCGGGGCGGGGGCCGGGCCUCUGAUGAUGGAGCUUCGGUGUGGACCAGAUCGUCGGUGCGUUCCUGCUCGUCUUCCUCACGGGCGGCUUCAGUGUGGACUACUGCGUCGGGCGAUGGCAAGGCCGAGGGCAGCCAGGGCCCGCAUGACGAUCGGAGUCGCGAGUCGGAGGGUGCAUGCACGCCAGGGUCGGUCUGGACUCAGGCGACGGCUGCUGGCGCAAAGCGGCGCUGUGCUUCAUCGGCUUCGGCUUCUGAUGGUGGCGGCGGUGGCCCGGCGCGGAUCCCUGAGGAUGCGGCUUCUGGCACUGUGGCGCGGCUUGGCGGGCGGACCCCUUCCUUGGUGGCGGAGAUCCCCGAGGAGCUCGAGGACGUUCCUGUGGAGGCCGGCGUCCGGGGCAACGGGGGCCAGAAGCAGUGCAUGUUGAACCUUCGCCAGUACUGGGCUCGGAAAAGCACGAGGCAUCCUGGGCUGCAGGCUGAUGGUAGCUUCAAACUGGGUUGUGAGCUUUGUGCGAAGAUCUUCCAUGGGAAAGACUCCACCCAACUGGCCAAGAGGCGAUACAGGCACUGCCAGUCGUGGCACCCGGAUGCCGAGCGGAACUUUGGCCGCUACCCUUCUUCGGUUGUCGAGCUUCGGCCUCUUCCCAAGGACACCCAGGUGGAUUGGAGAUGCCCUUGCUGCCGGUAUGCGGUUCCCCGUGGCGAGCUGCAAAAGGCCUCGAGCUGGGCUUUCAUGAAGGCGAGGGAGGCACAUCGACUUAAGGCGCAUCCGGCGCUCUCGAGGUCGGCUUAUGCUGCCUGUGCUCGUAACGUGCGCAAGGAUUCCAAGGCCAUGAAGCUCCGUGUCUUGUACCUGAAUCAGGGACUGGCCAAGCGGCAGGCUAAAGGGAGCUCCUCUUCGGCAGCCGAUGCCCUGGCUGGCUUUGAGAGCUUCACGUGGCCGGUGCGGCGCAGUGAUAAAAAACGGCCACCCAAGUUGAUGCUGCGGGCCGCCUGGCGGUGCCGAGAGUGCCGUCGUUGCUACCUUCACCUUCGUGACCUUCGCUCCCAUCGAUGUGAUUACUACGGGCACGGAAACAAGGCUCGGGUGAAGGCGCUGCGGAAGCUGCGUCGAGAGGCCCCGAAGAUGCACCAUGGCAUUGCCGAGGACCUCCUCAAGCGGACCUUUGACAAUGCAUUGCGGAUGUUGCAAGGCGAGGACCAGGUCCACUGGCUUGGGGACUUGUUCUUUGAUACCGAAUUCCCGAUUGAUGUGCUUGCGGUUCAGGAGCUCAACCUGGAUUCACUCUCGGCAGCCUCCUUCGUGGCCAUCCUGAAAGAUCGGGGAGUGCAUGUUUUUCUCAGUGCGGAGGACAACGGUGUGUAUAGAUGUGCCGUGCUUUCCACACAUCCUGGUGUGGCGGUCGGCGUGCACAGUGGCCGACUUGCUGCAGCUUGUUUUGAGUUCCUGUGCAAUGGGAGCUUCAUCAAGGUGGCGUUUGCUUCUUACUACGGAGUGGUGUGGAAUGCGGAUGUGGCGAUGCAAGGUGCCCUGGAUGCGGUUGCGGAGCUCCGGGCGACGCGGGUGGCUUGGGUGCUUCUCGGCGACUACAACUUGGAGCCCUCCUUGGAGCCUCUGGCUUCGCACCUGGCUCGGGGCUUUGCGGUGCCGUGGGACCGGGACUUCGAGUCGCUGGAGCAGCUGCCGGGCACGCGAGAGUCCGGCCGUCGGCCUUGGGCUGUGUGUUAUGAGGUGGACCUGACUUCGCCGAGUGGAUGCUGUGGCCCUACCUUCUGCGACUUGUCCAAGGAGGCGAUCACUGAGGCUGCUUGGGCCUCACGAUGGGAUGGCGAGGCCUUCCGCCGCUUCCUCGAGGCGGACGACUUGAAUGCGGCUUGGACUCAGCUUUCGGACUGUGCGGAGGAUCUUCUUCGAGUUCCUGGUUCCUCGGGGCGCCGCCGCUCUUCGCUGUGGCGGCCGUGUGCUAGACUUCACCCUCGCAGCAAGGCUGGCAAGACUAAGGAGCCUCUGGUUCUUGUUCGGCUCCGUCGUUUGGAGCGGCAGUUGAGGCAGCUAGCUCAUGACCCUGGGCAUGGACGUCUUCGUGAUAAGGCGGCCAAGUUACUUGAUGACCUCCUGGAUGGGUGCCCCUGGCUUGCCGAGGUUCCCUACUUCCAGAUGGAGCAGUGGGCCGACUUUGUGGCUGAGCAUCUGGUGCAGAUGGAGGCUGCUCAGAAAGAGGCUGCCUUGGCUGCAUGGCGUGUUAGCAUGGAGGAGUCGGAGGGCAAGGUCAUUUCUUGGAUCCGGCGCCGUGAGAAACUGAAGGUGGAGCUUGAUCGCCCUCGUGUGCCAUCGGGCGAUGUGUAUGUCUCUAAGGCGGUCCAUCCUGUUCGGGUGAUUGCGGAGGCGGAGGACAGCUGGAUGCGCCUUUGGGGCCGGAGCACGGUGACGGGUCGGGUACCGGAUCUUCUUCGGCCUCUCCCUACUCUUCCUGAGGCUGCUUGGCACCCUUCCUUUACGGCGGAGGCGCUCUACAAGGCGGGCAAGCAGAUGGCGACGAAGGCGGCGGGCCCGGAUGGGUGGACGACCGGGCAAUGGUGUCUCCUCCCUAUGUCGUCCUGGGAGGCUUUGGCAGCUUUGUGGACCAAGGUGCUGGACACGGGCGUUGUGCCCGAAGUUUGGAGGCGGGGCAGAGUCGUACUGAUUCCCAAGCCCACUUCGGGUCAUAGACCGCUUACGGUGCUGUCGUGUGCAUGGCGUGUGGGGGCAAAGCUAUUGGUGGGCCAGCUUGCCGAUUGGCUGGACACGUGGGCUUCCCAUCGAGUUCUUGGUGGAGUUCACAGCCGCGGUGUUCGGGACAGCUUCCUUCGCAUCAUGGACUCACUCGACAACGACCAGCUGUACGUGCAGGAGGAUUUGACCAAGUACUUCGACAGCAUCCGCCACGAGGACUUGCAGGCCUCCUUGGAGAAGUUGGGCGCGCCGCAGGUCUUGUGUCGCUUGCUUCGGGACUUUUACGGCGGGCACUCUCGUGUUUUUACCCACAAUGGCACUACCGGCGCUGCAUGGCACAAGGUCCUUUGCGGAAUUCCUCAGGGCUGCCCGCUCUCGCCGCUUUUGGCUGGGGUGGUCAUGGCACUUUGGUCCCAGCACGUGGAGGAUGGUGGUGCCGGCGCGGUGCAGACGGUCUCCUUUGUGGAUGAUCGGUUGUUUUGGUCUUCGGCUCCUGCGACGUUGGCGGCGGCGAAGAUGCGGAGUUCGGCUUUCGACUCGGCCUAUGGCUUCAGUUGUGAUGUUUCCAAGAGCAAGUUCGUCCACCGGGCCUCCGAUGCCGAGGUGCGGGCUUUGGCGGCCGACUUGGGCUACGACGAGGCGGACUGCUUGACGAUCCUUGGCUUGGUCAUCCCAUUGGACCGUGCUGAGGUGCCGAUGCUUAAGGGUUUUGACCUGGAGAAGGUGCGGAGGAGGCUGCGUCUCAUUGCUGUGGCGGUGCGGAGCCCCGCUACCAAGUGCCGUUUCAUGAACAUGCUUGUUUUGCCGAUGCUGACUUGGGCUGGUGGCUACGCGUCGGUCCCGCAGGACACCAUGGAGGCGCUGAUGGCGGACUUUAGGUGGUUGUUGCACAAGGACCUGGCCGCCGACUCACCGCCGGUGCUGUGCUACGAGCUUGCGGGCUGGGAGGUGCAUCCUGGCUAUGCUCGUGAUCUUGCUGCUCUUCGGGGUGCUGCUGGACUCCACUGCCGAGUUCCUGUCUGGUUGGAGGAGGCUUCGGUGCGACUGGCUGGGCAGCGCUGGCCGGCCAUGCUGCCGGUGACUCGCGAAGUUCUGGCGAACCUUGGGUGGUGGUGCGAUGCGCGGGGUUCCUUCAUCCUUCGGCGCGACUCCUAUGGCCAGGUGCGCUCCUUCGAGGUUGGUGUGGACUCCUUCGAGACGGUGGCUGAGUGGCUUCGGGACGCUUACCGGCGACGUGGCUUGGCAAACUGUGGCCGUGUGGUGAAGGCGCUGCACAGAGAGGAGGAGCCCGACUUGGCCCAGGGUUUGGCACUGCCGGGUCCCCCGAAGGACUACUUGGCGGUCUUCGCUGGUCACCGUUGGGCUUGGCGCAGCUCGUCUGACACUUUGGAGCGGCGGUCGGCGAUGGUCACUGGCUGCUCUGCUUGGUUCAAGCAUAAGAAGCUGAUGCAUCAUGCACGUGAUGGGGCAGGCCCGCCCGAUUGUCUCUGCUCCAAGCGGCUUCCCUCGAGGCCGCACCUGUUGUGGAACUGCCCGGCGACUCGUGACCUGGUGGCGGACGUGAGCCCUCCGGUCAACAGAUUACAGGAGAGACUGCUGGCGUGUGAAGUUCCUGAGGUGCCGGGACCUCCUCUGGCUCUUGACCUCGAGGACUACAUCGAUGACAUCGCGGAGGCUUUGGAUGCUAGGCUGGCACUGGGCUCCCCGAUUUAUGUGGCGACGGACGGCUCCGUCGUCGACUUGGUGGCGGCGUGGGCAAUUGCCCUGGACGGCGAGGUGAACUUCGCCCAACCGGUGGCCGGGGAGGACCAGAGCUCUCAUCGUGCUGAGGUGGACGGCCUGAUCUUCGUGGCCAAGGCCCAAGGCCUUGGGCAGGUGCAGUGCCGAGGGCGACGUGCAUGUGAUUGCCGACUGCCAGUCGGCUCUUACGACGGUGACGGGAGGUGGCGCUUUGCCUCUCUUGAGUUCCAGAGCUGUUGCUGCUUUUCGGGACGUGCCUCGAAGAAUCAAGGUGAAGCGAUGGUGGGUCCCUUCCCACGGCAAGAUGGCACCGGCUGCUUGGCAACCGCCUCCUUGUGGCGAGAUGGUGGCGCGGGCUUUGAAUUUCAAGGCUGA